GUCGACCAUUUUGCUACCUUACACCCGACCGCAGACUACUAUUUGUUGCCAACAUCUUUUCCCUUCGUUUGGCAAUCGAACGGACCAAAUCCUUUAUCCAUAAAACCGGCGCACUUUAGCACUAACCACCGCGGCUAAACAGCCGUUACAAUUUCCCGAGUAUGACUUCUCUCCGAAAAGGACCAGAAAACCGUACUUAGGGCAGAGCAAAGGUUUUCUUCUCAUGCUACCGUACACCUUCCGGUGGUGGUGGGGUAACAGAGCUUCUUUUAAGAAAAAAAUCUCUUCCGUCAGGUGCCAGAACUUUGCUCUUUCCCGGUUUACUUGAGUGACAUAGAUUGCCUGUAGAUAAGCUGCGCCGCCGGUGCGAAUCGGAACAGUACUUUAGAUGAUAAUUAGAAAACUAUGCUCGAUAUUUUUGGGCUACUUUUCGGAUAUUUGAUUGGAGUUACAGCCUGAUCUGUGAAUAGAGUUCUCAAACAUUGCCUUAUUUGGUCUUGGUAGUCAAUAAACAACUUUUCUGUACGUAGCUUCUUUAGUACUGGAUUUUUAUGGUUUCGAGCAGAACCCCAACUUCCAGAACAUAAAAUUCGUGUAUAUAUAUAUAUAUAUAUAUAUAUAUAUAUAUCUUCUUUUUUCUUUUGAGUGGCCUUGAUGGAGAACAAAGAGACUGUGAAGACUGGGGAUGGAUUCAUAGACAGGAGUAAAGUUAGAAUUUUGCUGUGUGAUAAUGAUUCGAAGAGCUCUGGGGAAGUUUUCACGCUUUUGUGCAAAUGUUCAUAUCAAGUGACUUCUGUUAGAUCGCCCAGACAGGUCAUUGAUGCAUUAAAUGCACAAGCACCUGAUAUUGAUAUUAUUCUGUGUGAAGUUGACCUUCCCAUGUCCAAAGGUAUGAAGUUGAUGAAAUACAUUAUGAGGGAUAAAGAAUUAAGGCGAAUUCCAGUCAUCAUGAUGUCAUCUCAAGAUGAGGUAUCUGUUGUUGUGAAAUGCUUAAGAUUGGGGGCUGCUGAUUACCUUGUAAAGCCUCUCCGCACUAAUGAACUAUUGAACUUGUGGACUCAUAUGUGGAGAAGAAGGCGAAUGCUUGGACUAGUGGAGAAGAACAUUAUAAAUUAUGACUUUGAUUUGGUAAUAUCAGACCCAAGUGAUGCUAGCACAAACAGCACUACACUCUUCUCAGAUGACACAGAUGAAAAGUCACAUAAAAGCAUUAAUCCAGAAACUAGUCACUCCUCACAACAGGAAGAUGAGGCCAAUGCCACAACAAGUGCUGCAUACCGGGAGACUGCAGUUGUGGGUUCAGUCGAGUGUCUAUCAGGAAGUAGCCAUCAGAAGACAGGAAAGUUUUGUUCAAUUCCAAAAAAGAGUGAAUUGAAAAUAGGCGGGCCUUCUGCGUUCUUUACAUACGUCAAGUCAAACCCUAACCAAUGUGCUGUCCCUGAAAACACUUCUCAUCAGCAUCAUUAUCUAAGUAUUGAUACAAAUCUAAAUAGUGCAUUGGGUGGGAAUUUUGAGGAGACCAAACAACAAGCCGUAGCUGUCGAUUAUUAUUCACAAGGAGAUGACUAUCCAAGGAGCAGUAACAGCAUUCCAGAUUCUCUCUCAAUGGAAACAGAUGAUUUCUCUAAGACAGUGCAUACGCAUCAACCAUAUGACUCGCACAAUGAUAUGUCAGGUUUGCAUACCCACACUUCUUGUCCCCAACCAUAUUACAUCCCGGGAAUGAUGAAUCAUGUGGUGAUGCCUGGAAUGGGUUCAUACACCUAUUAUCCAAUGAACAUGUGUGUGCAACCAUGGCCAUCACCAUCAUCAUAUGGAAGCUCCUCAACAGUUGAUGGUGGUAAGGUGGGUAAAAUAAUGAAUCGUAGAGAGGCUGCAUUGAUGAAGUUCAGAGAGAAGAAGAAGGCGCGUUGCUUUGACAAGAAGAUUCGGUAUGUGAACCGCAAACGACUGGCAGAUAGGAGGCCUCGGGUGCGUGGGCAGUUUGUUAGGAAGCCCAAUGGGGUUUUAGUGGAUCUUAAUGGACACCCUCCUCCCUCUGGAGAUGAUGACGAUGACGAUGAAGAGGAAGAUGAGGAUGGCGAUGAUGAAAUUAUUGAAGAGUAAAUGUCUACUUAGGACUCUUCUCCCAAAUAGGGAUCUCAACUGGAAGUGGUUUUUCAUGCAUGAUCAACUUGGGAAUGAUCAGAGCUCUGCUCAUUUUGAGCUAGGAAUUUAUAGCUCCGCGCUUUGUUCUAUAUGUAAAAGUGGGUAAAUCUAUUUUGGUUCAAGACAAAAAAAACAGAAACAUAAACUCAGACAAUCUUGAACAUGCAACAAAUUGUUUUAAUUUGAC